AGGAAAGCUUGUGGCAAUGGACUACUUCAUUUGGUGGAUGAUGUUGUUACUUACAGGAAGUUGUCAAAUAUCAGGAAACAAAGAAAUGCUGGACUUACUAGUGGUGUAUCGAACACCAUUCGAUCCAUCGGCGCCUUGGACUUUUAAAGAAAAAAUAAAAGAAUAUCAUCGUUGGGGAAAUGCAAAGGAUAUGCUUUUGAAAAAUUAUGACGAUUAUAUAGGUAUGUACGUACAGUACUCAUAUAAUUAUAUUAAUGAAAAAGUGUGGAAAUGUGUAUUGUGACAUAUCAAAGUGUACAUUAACGGAAGGAAGGAAUAUCUUUGGAAUAAACCAUGGAAUGCAACUCUAUGAUGUCCUUGAACGGAAUUAUAUUAGGGCAUCUCAAGCUUGAGGAAUUGUAUGCCAGCGUUAGCAAAUAAAUCCAUUUUUCUAGGGACUUCCAAUAUGCUCUUUCCAAUGAAACAUGUUUAAAAUAUUUUCGUAAAAAAACGUUACUGUAAUAAUGGAUCGAAAAUAUACUAUUUUGAGUCUUUUUGAAAAAAAGCAUCAAUUUUACUCUUGAAAGUGUAAGAAUUUUAUUGAUUUUUUUUCGUCAACAUCUCUGCCCAUUUUAGGCAUUAUGUUACAG